AUGGGAGCUAUAAAGUGUCACUCGCUGUUAAAGACUACAUUAAAACCUCUGGUAAAUGGAUUGCGAUUUAAUUAGAACUCAUUCACAUCUAAUUCAAGAAAGCAUGAUUUUUAGAUCUAUUUAGAAGUUUUUCAGGUUUAAUUUGAAUCUAAUUAGAUGUGAAAACAGAAAUUCGAAUCUAAUUAGAAGUUGGACUUUUCACAUCUAAUUAGGAGUCUUUGGGAUCUAAUUAGAAAUGAUGCAAUCUAAUUAGAAAUGAUGGAAUCUCUGCGCACCGCGGAACAACUUUUUUUUCUCAAUUUUUGAAAUGUUCUCCUCGUUUUCUGUUGUUUAUUGCAUUUUUAUUCAACUGAGAAUAUCCACGUGUGUGUUUAGUGUUGCAAGUGCGCACCAUUGACAAUUCUUCUGCGCAUAACAUUAAUCAUGCUCACUCGUUUGCUGGCCUUAAUUUUUAGAACAAUUCUCUUUCAAUUUUUGCAGAAUGAAAAGGAAACUUCUUCGAUGAAGGCAACACUGGAACCAUCUAAGUUUCUAGAGGAGCCAGAAACUCUGGUUGGAAACUUGGAUUGUACAAGUGAGAAGAUCCAAGUAAGACUUUACAAAGCAAUAAAUAUUGCAGGCGAAAUUUCGGUGAACGCUAUUUUUUCCGAAAUUCCAGCUCAAACAGGCUCAUUGAAGCAUAUUGUUCAGAUCGUCGCCAACAAAUGGCUGACCGAGGUAAGAAUAUACGACGAAUACACCAAAACGGUAUUUCUUUCAGAUGAUUCCGGACAACUUACGCCACAACUUCUCUGUCAGCACGAAACCACAAAAACCACAAGUUUCCCUUCCGAGUCGAUUCAUUAACCCUCCAAUCGGUAUAAAUUAUAUCUGAGAUAGUAUGCUAUGAAAUGUUGCCGUACUCAGUGGAGCGAUCGAAAUUCACGGAUGCGACAGAGAAAAGGUGGCGAUCACUGUGGCGCUGCUCUUCCAGCAUCACUUGGAUUACUGCUUGUGAGUCGAUGCGGAAAACAACGUUCCAAUCUACUUUUCCAGCAGUCACGCCCGUCAUCGCAUGCAGAAGCAGAAAAAGGACGAGAAUACGAGUGCUUAGGUGCUAUCCGGCGCUACAACGGAAUCCGGCGCUACAACGGAAAAAUUUCAAUUUCCCUCACUCGUUUCAUUGUCUUUUUAAAAUGCUUCCCGUCAGCACUCGACAUGAAUGUUUUGUCCUUUACAUUGUCAAUAUACACGAAAAAGCCGACUGUGGAACAUGGGGAACAUGGAUCUAAUUAGGAAAUUUUGGCAUCUAAUCAGAAGAUUUUCACAUCUAAUUAGGAAAGGCUUAGGCUUAGGCGCAGGCGCAGGCGCAGCCUGCGUAUUUGGUAUGAGCUAGAGAGGGUCAUGUCUCCAAACCUAGGCUUAGGCUUCGGCGAAGGCGUAAGCCUUCGUCAUUUGGUCUUAGCUUCAAAAAGUAAAACUCCAAAACCCCUCAUAUCAUAUACCAUUCGAAAGCUCGUCAAAUUUCACGAUUUUUCACUUUGCCAGAUUUUUGAUAUCGGGCUCGGCUCGGGAGUUAUGCUCAUUUUCAGACAAAUCUGGAAAUCACAAAAAACGUCAUAACUCGGCUCAAACUUAACCGUCAGCGAGCGGAUUUCGAUGGUAGGUGUGGCCAACGAAGGCGCAUCCGCCCAUAUUUUUUCCGGAAUUUUGCCACUUCACGCGACCCGACAAUAACGGUUUGAAAUUUUUGACCCGCUGCAGCUUUUUUUCCAUCUAUACGUUUUUUCUGAAAAAAUUUGGGCGUAUACUAGGCAUGGUGAUGAAGUACGUGAAUUUUUUUCAGACUAGGUUUCCCAACGAAUAUGAAAAGAAAAAAAAAUUUUUUUAACUUUCAAAAUUUUCUAUGACGUCACACGUACGAGCUACGCGUUUGUCGUCAACUACAAAUUUGUAGACCCCGUCGAGAUGUAUCUACACAAAUUUUUUCAGAAUUUUAGCUCAACGCUAAACACGCUUGCCCCACGUUGCCGUUUUUGAGGUGCUCUUACAAAUGCCCACGAAAUUUGAGGCUCUACGGCAUAAUUAAGUAGACCAUCUGGUGAGUAACAUAUCAAAAAAUAAAAAAAAUUGUCCGAUUUUUUUUCGAGAAAAGUUUAAUUGAAGUUUUGGACCAUUUCAGGCCAAGACAUCCGGUUCAUGAUGGAUCAAUAAUUUGGAAAAAAAUGUUUUCAGGUGUAACUCGCCGAGUUCUGCAACUUUGUAGUACAUCACAAAGCUGUAUCUGUUGGAUGAAGCACGAUAAAAAAAUGUUUUUUUGUGUUUUUCCGGUUAUCGAUCCACUUUGCAGACGUGCUGGCGAUUCGGACACUAAUGGCUCAAUAAUUUUGGAAAAAAAUUAAAAAGUGAUAGAUCUCGACGAGCUCUACAACUUUGUAAUAGAUCACAAAGCUCUAACUGUUGAUUUAAAUUUUUAAAAAAUGUUUUUGUGUUUUUUGUUUUCUAUAGUCGUGUAGCGUUCAAACAGUAAUUAAUCAAUAAUUUUGGAAAAAUUCAAAAUGAUAGAUCUCGACGAGCUCUACAACUUUGUAAUAGAUCACAAAGCUGUAACUGUUGAUUUAAAUUUUUUAAAAAUGUUUUUUUAUUUACAUGUUUUUUAAGUCGUGUUCUGUUUGAGCACUAUUGCCUCAAUAAAUUUUGAAAAAUGUUUAUUGACAGAUUUCUUGAGUUCUACAAUUUUUGUAGUACAUUGCUAAGCUGUAACUGUUGGUAUCAAUUUUUUAAAAAUGUUUUUGUGUUUUUUGUUUUCUAUAGACGUGUUGCGUUCAAACGGUAAUGAAUCAAUAAUUUUGGAAAAAUCUAAAGUGAUACUUCUCAACGAGUUCUACAACUUUGUAAUAGAUCGCAAAGCUGUAACUGUUGAUUUAAGUUUUUUUAAAAAAAUGUUUUUUUGUUUACAUGUUUUCUAUAGUGGUGUUUUAUGACAGCAGUUCAUCAUACUCUUAACACGCCUACUCGUUUUUCAGAUAUUUCUGACCGCUUUCCAAGGAUCUCUUUCAAACCGUUCGUCUCUGAACCAAGAAGGAAUUGAAACAGAGUUCAUGCCUGUAAAAACCACCGGAACCUGGAAUUUUAACAAUCCAAUACAUCUGAAUUUCAGGAGUUCUCCGAUUUUGAGGCCUACUUCCGCAACGCUCUAUCAGAAGGACGAAACUUGACUGCACGAAAAGCAAGAUUCACUGGUGUAUCUACUUCCGUGCUCCGUAAAUCGGCCGCAUCAGCUCUGUUCUUUAUAGCAUACUGCCGGAAAUUCGAUUUCAAAUCUUACUCCGUUUCGGAUAUUUUCGACGAAUUCACCCGGAAAACCGUAGAUGAAAAAGUCGAGACAAUUUCUCAUUUUAUGAACUGGUACGAGAAAAUCCCACUCGCUCGCCCUUCCAUCAGAAAACUGGUCAACUGCGAAAGCAAUAUCGGUGAGAGGUUAACACUCACUUUUUGUUUCAUCUGAGAUGAAAUUUAAGAUCGAGCGUUAAAGAAAGAAAACUCGACGCUUCUAACCGUCGCUCGCGGUCUUCUCGCUUUUCUGACUUUUGUGGGGGCUGUUGGCUUGAGCAGAUGUAAAGCACCAACAGCUGAAUCACGAAAUUUCUGGACAGUCAUAAGGUUGCCCCCGUUUGUCUACAUAUUGUGGUGAUAGAUGAGCAUAUAUCACCGGGUUUUUUUUGCAGUGCUCUUAUGAAAAAUUGGAAUCGGGAGAAAGGUGGAACAAUAGAAACGGGAGUCUGCUCACUUAGUAUGACCGAUUUGUCCAUUUUGCUUGCUCGCAAGAACGCUCCGAUUUUAUCACAAUUCGCAAUUCAAGCAAAUCUUCUUGUGAUGACGUUAGCUGGAUCAGGUCUCAGAAUUGGGAGUAUCCGCAACGUCAAUGCCGAAGGUAGGUGGUGUUUUCAUCUCAGAUGAAUGUGUUGAUAUAAUAUUUGGUUAUUGCGGGAUUUCGACCUAUUGAUAUACAAACUGAUUUAGAGAGAUUAAGAGACAGCUUGUGAUUCUUGGGUUAUUCAGAAAUACGGUCAAUUGCAAUCUGGAGAUCUUUGGAAGGAGUUUCGUAUUGUAUUUCUAUAAUCAAAGUUGUUGUUGUUGUCUUUUUCUACAGUACUAUCCCACAGGGCCUCUUGCCAGGAGCAAAAUGAGCCGCAUCUAUGCCUCUUGUUGAACAACUUCACGUAUGCACUAGAUUUUUAGGGCCACUCCGCCCACUGAGCGAACCGUAUACUCUCUGGAAAACUAUAUAAGGACCAUUGCUCGUUAGUCAUUCAGUUUGCCUGCAACGCAACGUCAACAACUAUGUCUUCCACUGGGUUUACUACUUCUUCUUCUAUCAAUUCGUGCGAGUACUAUGCCACGUGGGACUACCCGGAAUCCAGUUGCAUGUACUCUGGAUCCGUGUCGAUCAUUCCGAAAUUAUCCAAGGACGCUUCUGAAGUAAAAAAACGGAAAGUUCACAGGUACGCGGUCAACUUGGAGAACGCCGUUCACUUGGUCCACUCCUUGAUCCGUCUGAUCCGAGUGCCGAUCUCAUUGGAUCUCUUCCGUAAGUACGGUAUUCGUGAGUUGUGA